AUGGAUGUACUUAGAACGUCUGCCGACGUCGGUACAAACAAUCUCGGCCUCCUCUCGGAUGACUUACACAUAUCAAAGCCAGUGGAGAUAACCGACCGUAUGAUGAAGGUUGAGCGUUUGUUAUCCCCUACAAUUGCUUAGGUGUCCAAGCCUCUCACCAUGUCCAUACCUGACCUGGCUGAAUUAAAGACACAGAUUGCCCAGUUGUCAGCAACUGUUGCCACUUUGCAGCUGCGCCGAUCUCCCUGUCCGUCUCCACGUUCCUUCGGCCGUGACCGUCGUCGCUCCCGCUGUCGUCCCAGGGCCCCAAACCUAUGCUGGUACCAUGUCAACUACGGCGAUAAGGCGUGGCGCUGUGUCCCACUCUGCUCCUUUAAGUCCACGCAGGGAAACUCCUCGGCCGGAGAUAAAAUGUGGCCGAGCUCUCUGGCAACUCUACGGGUCGCACCUUUUACGUCAGUGAUAACACGAGUGGCAGACAUUUAUAGUCGACACUGGCGAGUAAACUAGUGUUAUUCCUCCCACGUCAGCCGACCGACGUUGCCCAAACCAUGGACUUUAUCUUCAAGCCGUAAACUUAUCCCCAUAACAACGUUUUUAUUUCGAUCCCUCUCUCUGGCUAUUGGUUUCCGGUGAUUAUUCCUCUGGAUAUUUGUGUUUGCUGAUGUUCUCACCACAAUCUUUGGUGCUGAUUUUUGGCCGCCUUGAACCUUCUGGUGGAUUGAAGACAAAAUCACCUCCAUAAUCGGGCAACUACCCUCACCGUGAAAGGAUUUUCUCCAUCCUCAGCUUCUAACCAUCUAUCCGUCCUUGACCCAAACCCUGAAUCUCCAUUUCGUAGAAUUCUAUUAAAAUAAUCAACCUAUCGUUAAGCCCCAUUUUUCUGACAACUCAUUGACCCAUGAUAUGGUUCAUCACAUUAAAACGACUGGUUCUCCCCUUUUCUCUCGUCCGCCUCGACUUGCUCCAUUGCGUCUUGCGGCUACUAAAGCUGAAUUUGACCACAGUCUGACAGUCUGACUGUCCCUGGGCAUCUCCUUUGCAUAUGGUUCCGUAAACAAAUACGGAUGAUUGGCGCCCUUGUGCGAUUAUAGAGUCUUAAUCAAUAUUACUAUGUCCGAUCGGUUUCCGGUUCCCCACCUCCAGGACUUUGUCGCAGCUAUCUGUAGAAAAACCGUCUUCUUGAAGAUGGGUUUGGUCUGGACUUUUCAUAAAAUUCCGAUUGUGACUGAGGGCAUUCCCAAAACGGCAGUGACGACUCCUUUUUGACUUUUUUGAGUUCCUUCGUAUGCCACUUGGUCUCCGAAAUGCCUCACACACUUUUCAACGUUUUAUUGACCGUGUUUUACGUUACCUUCUCUUUUUUAAUGUGUAUAUUGAUGAUGUUGUCGUCGCCAGUUGAAACGUCGAGGAACAUAUCCAAUACCUUACCCUGCUUUUCGACCGAUUUCAGCAGUUUGAUGUCCCCCUGCAUCCUGACCAAUGUGUCCUAGGAGACACUUUUUUUGUGAUCUUAGGUCAUCUGAUAGACUCAUACGGCAUUCGACCUCUUUCCUCAAAGGUUGCCGCCAUUCGGGUCUUUCCACUCCUUACCUCGAAGCAUCAGUUGCAACGAUUCCUUGGUAUGGUGAGCUUUUAUCGCCGGUUUCGCCCGAACUGUGCCGAUACCAUCCUACCUCUGACCAGUCUCCUCUCAGGUUCUAAGCGCACCCAUAAACUAAAAUCAGCAGCAAUCACGUCAUUUGAGCCAGUAAGAGCCUUUUUUGGCUGAUGGCACCCUCCUGACUAACUUUAAUGCUGAUGCUUCCAUAUAUCUGAUGGUCGAUGCCUCUAAUGUUGCUGGUGGCGCGGUAUUUCAACAAAGUUUGCCAGAUUCUACCUUGUUUUUUGCUUUCUUCUCCAGGAAACUAUCCAAGGCCAAAACUGGCUACUGCACAUUUGGACGUGAACUUCUCGCUGCUUAUCUUGCCGUCGGGCACUUCCGGGAUUUACUCAAAGGUCGAGAGUUUACAAUUUUCACAGAUCAUAAGCCACUCAUCUCUCCCAUCCUGGGAGUCGAGCAACCGAUAAGCCGGUUUCCGACCGCUUCAUCUGACCUGGGAUACACAAAGACCUUAAAGCAUGGGCUUGAAUCGCAUGUAAACGGAGUAAAAUCCAGCGGAACAACAAGGCCGCCAUUGGCACCUUCCCCGGCCCUGGUUCAAGGUUCAGCCACGUUCACCUGGACAUUGUAUGCCCCCUGUCUCUGUCCAAUGAUUUUUCCUAUCUCCUCACCUGUGCGGAUCGGUCCACUCCGUGGCCUAAAGCAAUUCCCAUGCCUUAAAUUGCUGCUCCAACGGUGGUCAAAGCUUCUCGCAGUCGUUGGGCUGCUAUCUUUGGUGCACUCUCCACAGUCACGACUGACCGUGCUACCCAGUCUGAGUCUAACCUCUUCCAGUCUUUGCUCUCCUUUUUAGGUUGUACCCGCAUCCGACCGACAGCCUAUCUCCCGGCUGCCAACGGAAUCGUCAUACGGUUUCACCGCCAGCUGAAGGCCUCCGUACGCGCCGCGGCCGAUCCGGAAAAGUGGACGGACCACCUUCCCCUGGUCCUCUUGUGCAUCCGCUCCGACCUCAAGCCGGACCUUGACUGUUCCGCAGCCGAAAUGGUGUUCAGCGCCACCGUCCGACUGCCCGGUGAGGUGAUCUCGCCAACCCCGCGAUGCGCAGCUGAGGAUCCCACCAACCUUCUGCAUCGCCUCUGGCAGCUUAUGCGGACACUUUCUCCGGUUCUUCCCAGGUCUUUCACCUCUCCGUCUUAUAUCAGAAAGGACUUGGCAACGUGCUCUCACGUCUGCCUUCAAUGUGAUCGAGUCCGCCGGCCUUUGGAACCACCCUAUGACGGCCCAUCCGGGUGCUCUCUCACGGGACGAAGAAUUUCCGCAUUCAACGCGACAAUCGUGAGUGGGGACCGCCUCAAGGAUACCAUCCCUGACACUCCUCCGGAUGAGCCCUGUGGUCCUAUACCUUCUGCUUCGCCCACCUGA